GCCCGGGCCGGCCCGGGCCCCGGGCCCCUCUCAGUGCCACUGUCAGCCGGCCUCCGGCCGCCGGCGCUACUCGGGCACCCGGCGCAGACACCCGGUUUGUUUACGUCCCGAGAGCGCCCCGGGGGCUACCCGCAGCCGCCCCGCUCUUUUGUGUGCCUGCGCGAGUGACGCGGUGCUGCCUGUCCGCGCCCUAGGGACCCCGCGGGGGCGCUUCGGGGAAACUUGACAAGGGGCGGCUGGGACGUCCCGCACGCGUUGCCGUGGGUCGCGGCGUCCGGGACCGGGAGAAGGCUGCAACUUUCCCCGAGCGGCUGCCCGCGCGGGGGGCGCGCUUCCUCACUGCCGCGGGUCAGACAGUGCGGCCCUCGCUGCGCGCGCGGGGACUCCCGCGGCCCGGAGUGAUCCGCCGCGCGCUCCAUUCCGGCUCCUUCCUCCGGGUGACCGGGAACGGGGCGGGGGGGGGGGUCUUGUCCUCUCUGCAGGGUCAGCAGGCGCUAUGGAGCGCACGGUGCCUCCGCUCCGAGAUUCCUUCUCGGCCCGGGUUCUCGAAAGCAAAGCCGCGGGUCCCCCCAUAGACUCUGGCGUGCGGGAAAGUGGUCCUGGCGCCGAGCCCCAGGAACGCUAUCCGGAGCCCGAGCUGUCGCCGUGCUCAAGGGGUGCGCUCUUGCCUGGCACCCCCCACCCAGAGGACAGGCGCGUCUUGAGGGUCCGCCCCGCAAGUGCCUGCUCCGCGCUCGCGGCGGCCGGACAGCCCCGGGACGCUGCCAGGUGGAUGUUGUGUGUAGCCGGAGCCAAGUUGAAGAGAGAACUUGAUGCCACCGCAACAGUAUUGGCAAACCGGCAAGAUGAAAGUGAGCAGUCCAGAAAGCGGCUUAUUGAGCAGAGCCGAGAGUUCAAGAAGAACACUCCAGAGGAUUUGCGCAAGCAGGUAGCACCGCUGCUGAAGAGCUUCCAGGGGGAGAUUGAUGCACUCAGUAAAAGAAGCAAAGAAGCUGAAGCAGCUUUCUUGAAUGUCUACAAGAGAUUGAUUGAUGUUCCAGACCCUGUGCCAGCCUUGGAUCUGGGGCAGCAACUGCAGCUCAAAGUGCAGCGCCUGCAUGACAUCGAGACAGAAAACCAGAAACUUAGGGAAACUCUCGAAGAAUACAACAAGGAAUUUGCCGAAGUUAAAAAUCAAGAGGUUACAAUAAAAGCACUUAAAGAGAAAAUCCGAGAAUAUGAACAGACUCUGAAGAGCCAAGCAGAAACUAUUGCUCUCGAGAAGGAACAAAAGUUGCAAAAUGAUUUUGCAGAGAAGGAGAGAAAGCUACAGGAGACACAAAUGUCAACCACCUCAAAGUUGGAAGAGGCCGAGCAUAAACUUCAGACUCUGCAAACAGCCCUGGAAAAAACUCGAACAGAAUUAUUUGACCUGAAAACCAAAUAUGAUGAAGAAACUACUGCAAAGGCCGACGAGAUUGAAAUGAUCAUGACCGACCUUGAAAGAGCAAACCAGAGGGCAGAGGUGGCACAGAGAGAGGCGGAGACCUUAAGGGAGCAGCUUUCAUCAGCCAACCACUCCCUCCAGCUGGCCUCACAGAUCCAGAAGGCCCCGGAUGUGGCCAUAGAGGUGCUGACCCGUUCCAGCCUGGAAGUUGAGUUAGCUGCCAAAGAGCGGGAAAUUGCCCAGCUGGUGGAGGACGUGCAGAGGCUCCAGACCAGCCUCACAAAGCUGCGUGAGAACUCAGCCAGCCAGAUCUCCCAACUCGAGCAGCAGCUGAACGCCAAGAACAGCACGCUCAAACAACUGGAAGAAAAACUCAAAGGCCAGGCUGACUAUGAAGAGGUGAAGAAAGAGCUGAAUAUCCUGAAGUCCAUGGAGUUUGCACCAUCAGAAGGAACAGGGACGCAGGAUGCGGCCAAGCCCCUGGAGGUGCUGCUGCUGGAGAAGAACCGCUCCCUGCAGUCUGAGAAUGCUGCACUGCGCAUAUCCAACAGCGACCUGAGCGGGUCAGCCAGGAGAAAAGGGAAAGACCAGCCUGAGAGUCGGCGCCCUGGACCCUUGCCGGCCUCUCCUCCUCCUCAGUUGCCUCGCAACACGGGGGAGCAGGCUUCCAAUACUAAUGGUACACACCAGUUCUCACCAGCGGGGUUAAGUCAAGACUUUUUCAGCUCAUCCCUGACAAGCCCCAGCCUACCCCUGGCUUCUACAGGAAAAUUUGCACUAAACUCUCUCCUCCAGCGACAGCUAAUGCACUCCUUCUACUCCAAGGCCAUGCAGGAAGCAGGAAGCACAAGCAUGAUUUUUUCAACAGGUCCCUACAGCACAAAUUCCAUAUCUUCCCCAACUCCAUUACAACAAAGCCCAGAUGUAAAUGGCAUGGCCCCAUCUCCCAGCCAGUCUGAAAGUGCUGGGAGCAUCUCUGAGGGCGAGGAGAUAGACACUGCAGAAAUUGCCCGGCAGGUCAAAGAGCAGCUGAUCAAGCACAAUAUUGGACAGCGCAUUUUCGGACAUUAUGUCUUGGGACUGUCACAAGGAUCUGUGAGUGAGAUCCUGGCCCGGCCAAAGCCCUGGAAUAAACUGACCGUUCGUGGUAAAGAGCCAUUCCACAAGAUGAAGCAGUUCCUGUCAGACGAACAGAACAUCUUGGCCCUGCGCAGCAUCCAAGGCAGACAGAGAGAGAAUCCAGGCCAGAGCCUGAACAGACUAUUUCAGGAAGUACCGAAACGAAGAAAUGGGUCUGAAGGUAACAUUACCACACGGAUCCGAGCCUCAGAGACGGGUUCUGAUGAAGCAAUCAAGUCCAUCCUGGAACAAGCCAAGAGGGAGCUUCAAGUUCAGAAAACUGAGCCGGCACAGCUAUCUUCUGCAUCCAGCAGUGGGAACUCCGAUGAUGCCAUCCGCUCCAUCCUGCAGCAAGCCCGCCGGGAAAUGGAAGCCCAGCAGGCUGCCCUUGACCCUGCCUUAAAACCAGCCCCACUGGCCCAGCCUGACCUCGCCCUUCUGACACCCAAGCUCCUGUCUGCCUCGCCUAUGCCCACUGUAUCUAGUUACUCUCCUCUUGCCAUCUCCCUGAAGAAAACACCAUCAGCCUCCGAGGCGAGUGCCUCAGCCCUGCCUAACACCCCAGCCCUCAAAAAAGAGGCCCAGGACAUGCCCACCCUGGACCCACAAGGCACUAUGGACACUGCACAAGGAGUCUUGAGGCAUGUGAAGAGCGAGCUGGGCCGUGGAGGUGGAUGGAAGGACCACUGGUGGAGUCCUGCACAGCCCGAGAGGAGAAACCCCACCUCCUCUGAAGAGACAAAGGGUGAAGAAGCCACAGGUGGGAAAGAAAAGGGUGGUGGUAGCAACCAUCCGCGGGCCGAGCGCAGCCAGCUCCAGGGACCCUCAUCAGAGUACUGGAAAGAGUGGCCCAAUGCUGAGUCUCCAUACUCACAGAGCUCAGAGCUGAGCCUGACUGGAGCCAGCCGCAGUGAGACACCCCAGAACAGCCCUCUACCUUCCUCCCCAAUCUUACCCAUGGCAAAGCCCACGAAGCCCUCCGUCCCUCCACUGACCCCCGAACAGUAUGAGAUCUACAUGUACCAGGAUGUGGACACCAUCGAGCUUACUCGGCAGGUUAAAGAGAAGCUGGCCAAGAACGGCAUUUGCCAGAGGAUCUUUGGGGAAAAGGUGCUGGGCCUGUCCCAGGGCAGCGUCAGUGACAUGCUAUCCCGACCAAAGCCAUGGAGCAAGCUAACCCAGAAAGGUCGAGAGCCCUUCAUCCGAAUGCAGCUUUGGCUAAACGGCGAGCUGGGCCAGGGAGUGCUGCCUGUGCAGGGACAGCCACAAGGGCCAGUCCUCCAUUCAGUGACAUCGCUGCAGGACUCCCUACAGCAGGGCUGUGUAAGCUCAGAAAGCACUCCAAAGACCUCCGCCAGCUGCAGCCCUGCCCCCGAGUCCCCAAUGAGUUCCAGUGAAUCUGUAAAGAGUUUGACUGAGUUGGUCCAGCAGCCCUGUCCCCCAAUCGAGACCGGUAAGGAUGGCAAGCCACCAGAACCCAGCGACCCACCAACUUUGGACUCUCAGCCCACAACCCCACUGCCUCUCUCCGGACACUCAGCCCUCAGCAUACAAGAACUUGUAGCCAUGUCUCCGGAGCUGGACACUUAUGGCAUAACCAAGAGGGUCAAGGAGGUGCUGACGGACAAUAACCUAGGUCAGCGUUUGUUUGGGGAGACAAUCCUAGGGCUGACCCAAGGCUCUGUGUCUGACCUCCUUGCCCGCCCAAAGCCCUGGCAUAAGCUCAGCCUGAAGGGCCGGGAGCCCUUUGUCCGGAUGCAGGUGUGGCUCAAUGAUCCCAACAAUGUGGAGAAGCUGAUGGACAUGAAGCGAAUGGAAAAGAAAGCCUACAUGAAGCGGAGGCACAGCUCGGUCAGCGACAGCCAGCCCUGUGAGCCCCCAUCUGUGGGCAUCGACUAUAGCCAGGGCGCCAGCCCACAGCCACAACACCAGCUGAAGAAACCCCGAGUGGUGCUGGCACCCGAGGAGAAAGAAGCCCUGAAACGAGCCUAUCAGCAGAAGCCAUACCCAUCCCCCAAAACCAUCGAGGAGCUCGCCACUCAACUCAACUUGAAGACCAGCACCGUCAUCAACUGGUUCCAUAACUACAGGUCUCGGAUCCGCAGAGAACUGUUCAUUGAGGAAAUUCAGGCUGGAAGCCAGGGCCAGGCCGCCGCCAGCGACUCACCAUCGGCGCGGAGUGGCCGCGCCGCACCCAGCUCAGAGGGCGACAGUUGCGACGGCGUGGAGGCUGCCGAGGGCCCAGGCGCCACCGCCACCGCCACCGCCACCGCCGACGCAGAAGAGCCAGGCGGCCCCGCAGCCGCCACUAAGUCUCAGGGAGGGCCGGGCGCGGCGGAGCGCGAGGAAGGGCCACCGCCAGCGGGGACGCCGGGCCCGGACGACACCGGCGCUGCCGAGGACGCGGGCCGGGCGGAGCCGCCGCCGCCUCCACUGCCCCUUGAAAGUCCAGCGGAGCGCCUGGCGCCCGUGCCAAACCCGGCCGCGCCUGUCGCGCCCGCCGCCACCGCAGCAGCCGGGGAGGACGCCGCUACCUCAGCCGCCGCCGGGAGCCCUGCCUCGCCGGGCACGAGCACGGGCACGAGCACUGGCGGGAGCGCGCCCGCGGCCGCGCGCAGGCCCCGCUCGCUGCAGAGCCUCUUCGGCCUGCCUGAGGCAGCGGGUGCCCGGGACCCGCACGACAACCCUGUGCGUAAGAAGAAGGCCGCCAACUUGAACAGCAUCAUCCACCGCCUGGAGAAGGCUGCCAGCCGCGAGGAGCCCAUCGAAUGGGAGUUCUGAGGGCGCGGGCUGGGCCGGCAAGAGCACCGGGUCGGGUCUGGUUGGGUCGGUCCAGGCCAGCCCCGUGGGCCGCCGUGGGCCGAGGCCAGAGCCCCGCAUUGCGCACUUAGCCCUGCGGGCCACAGGGCAAAAUCGCCAUAGGCCAAGGUGCAUAUAGAAAACAAAGGAGCAUUAAGCCCAAUCUAUGUCGUGUUUUCAAGGAAGAAAACGGAAAAUGUGUAGUCCAGCUUUUUUGUACCCUAAAGUGUUUUUUUUUUUUUAAUUGCCCUAAAGUGAUUUCCACAGGUUCUGGAAUAAGUCUUACAGCUUUUGCCUUGUGCCCUCCUCUUUCGUGUGGGCUAAAAAAGAAAAGAAAAGAAAAGAAAUCAAACCCACAUAUUAAAAGGGGGCUUUUUAUCUGCCAUCUAAUGGCUUCAGAGCGAUAAUACACUAUUAUCUUCUUAAACCAGGAAAAGGGGGGAGGGGGAUUUUUCAGAAAAAAAAAUUAAAAAAGAAAGUUUUUGUAGCUGUUCAGUUGCCACUAAGAGAUUGCACAGUCAAACCGACUCUAAACACACUAGUUUGGAUUCCUAAAUAUUUUCAAGAAAAGAAUCUUCUUGUUUGAAACUUUGAAUUAAAAUAAGAACGCAUUUACUCCACAUAUUUUUUAACAAAACAAAGUCACAUCAGGAAACUUAUCUGAUUUUUGUGGUAGCUGAUGUAGUGUUUUCUUGUACGUGAAUAGAAUCCUGACAUGUAGUGCACAUUGAUCCAUAGCUUUAACUGACCCGGGGCUUUUGCUGCCCAGGGUUUGUUUAAUACACUCCAUUCUAGGCCAAAUCAGGACAAAAAGAAAAGAUCCGAAUCUAGGUAUUUUAUAAUCUGCUUUUUAACCUCUAACCGCAGAGCACGCUGAUCAGACCUCAUAUCUCGGAGGUUUAGGAGACAAGUUAGAACUGUAGCAUGUACCCACCCGUCAUUUUGUUUAAUUUAUGGUGUCUCCGUGUGUGUUCGUGCGUCCGCGCAUGUGCGAGCAUUAAAAGGCAGGAAAGAGUAGGCCAGCAAGGUCACGGCAAGCAGUCCUGGGGCACAGCGGCCCCACCCUAUCUUUCCUUGGCACAGAAGGCACCUCACCUCACACCACUCUUCCUGGGCAUCUGAUGGACUGAGCCCCCCGGGGAAGAUGCUCCCUGGGCCUGGGCAGGGCUGGUGCACACGCGCACUCCCUCUUCCCCUUCUUCCCACCACAAGCACUGAUGAUCCUGUUGAACUCGUGGGAAGCUUCCUUCCCUGCAGAAGAGAGGACGUGACAGUCUGGGCCCCGCUCCCACCCUGCAGAGAUGGCCCAAACUCACCAAAACGUUGACCACUCUUCACUUCCAGACCAGACCAUUGGCCCUUCAUUCAUUUCACCUCUUGGGAAGUUCUUUUAUGCACAGUUUAGGGCAGUCUAAGUACCAAUCAGAAGUCUAACUUGUCUCUGAUUCCUCCUGUUGUCUAUGUGUAUAUGCGUGAGAACAGAGGUGGAUGAGAGUGUGCGUGCGUGCGUGUGUGCAAUUUUAUAAGUCUGUGUAUUUUCUUAAGUACCUGUGCACACAUAGAGUGCAUUACUGCCACCUUUUUCAAUAAGCUGUUUUAUCAGUUAUGGCUUCUACAAGUUUGCUAAUUUAGACUCCUUUAUUGCCAUAUCUUUAAACUAACAAUAGAUGAUUUCGGUAUAUAUAUAUAUUUUUUUUUUGCUUAUUUAUAGGUGCUGUAUUUUAUUAUCUGAUUGUUAGGAAGGGAUGAAAGGGGCAAAAUAUUCUUUAGAGGGAUAGACUGCCGGCAGUAUUGGGUAUAAUUUACAAGAUGUAGUUGUCAUACUGUAUAUUACUGAUUGAAACUUUUUGACCGUAUUGUGUAUCAUUGAAACCUUUGUCUUAGGUCAACAUCUUUGGAUGACAUUUUAAUGGUGCAUUCAUUAUUUCUUAAGUUUAAUUAAUAUUACUUUUUUGAUUGGGGGGGUGGGAGGGAGUUCUAAUUUUAAAGGUAUGCUCCCACUAUUACACCUCAGUGUGCUUGUUAUUACUUAACUUGUAGGACUUUGACUGUAAGAUGUGAAACCACAUUUCUUGCAUGAUGUUUUAGAAAUUAUGUAUUUCAUUUACAGUCUUUUUAACCUGCAACUGCAGCACUUAGUUCAAGUUUUCACAAAUUUAAGAGUCACUACACUAAAGACAAUGCCUUUUCAUGAAUAAGAAGUUCUCAGGAGGCUCUAGGAGGCUGGGAGGCAGACCCUUUGUUUGUCUUUGGAUGGUUGCAUUAUAUCUGAACUUGACAUCUCGGUUCAGUGAGAAGAGAAUCCACAAUGGAGGCGCUUAAGGGGAAGCGGAUUAACAUCUGGCUGGCUGCAGGUGCCCUGCGAAGAGUGAGUUCACACCAGAGACCCUUAGGACAGUGAAGGGCAGAGCCACUGAUGGUACUGUGGUGUCGUCUCCACAAAAACCUCAAGGGAACUUUGUCAUCAUGUGUGAUGAACCUCUGAAUACCUAAUUUUCAUUAGAAUGAGAAGCAGGGAGUUAACUGUUAGGCUAGUAUUUUACUUUCAAAGACAUGACUGUUACUUACCAAGGUGUUAAAUCUGAGGCAAUUGGAAAAAUCUAGAUCUGUCUAUCCUCGUAGCCAAAUGGUAGCAGUCUACCACAGCCACUUUGGCUCUUCCAAGCAAUUGAUUUGUUUUUCAUUUUGUGCUUCUUUGCUUUUGAACUGGGUUAUUGUUGACUUCAUCCUCAUUCUGUCUUUUAUGCCAGACUUACAUCUGAGUGCUCGAUACAAUCAGUGGGUUAGAUUUUGCUUGUGAACGGAUCUGUUUUAUAUUUUUUAUUAUUUAUUUGUUUUUAUUGAGAUCCCAACCUUAUGAUCUUUUGUGUUAAGCUAGCACUAUCUGUAGUACUUCUAAGAUCUGUCACUAAGUAACACAGAAACCUGUGGAGGGGGAGCAGCCCCCUCCUCAUUGGGCCCCUCAGUUUGAGUACAAGGGUUCAUCUUUCAUCCUUGAUAAGCAAUAUUCAAGUGCCUUGAACAGCACCCCCUCCAAGUGGUUACCUUCCACUGGCUGGCCAUCCAAGCAGCAGCUCCACAGGCAGCCAAUCCCCUCCUCUUUAUCCUCGGUCAGCUUAAAAAGCUGAUUUGUACCUCUCCCCAGGGGAAACAGUUCCAUAUAAAACACUAACAUUUAAUUAUUCCAAGCUCCAUUAUACCAUUUUAAACAGCUUCCUUUUUGAUAAUUGGAGACAUCAUCUAUAACUGGAGGUUUCUGCCAUUACUUAGCUAAAUGGGGGCCCAGUAUCAAAUUGGUGUUUGCAUCUGGCCUCUUGACCCUUGCUUCCUGCCCAAGUCCUCUUGUGAUAUCUGAGAUGUGUGGUUCUGUCCUAGACCCCUAUCUCCUCACUUUUGGCCCAGCCUAGCUCCCUGGUUUACCUCCUUUCUGGAACUUCUUGAUCAGUCAGCAUGUCUGAUUUUAUCCACUAGAUUUACCUUCUUUAGAAAGGGUUGCAUAGCCACUUAACUUGCUUAUUCUUGGCAGCCUGCCUAUGGAGCCUUAUGACAUGAGGUGGCUUCUGUGUCCAUCCUGGGGCAGGUGCCCUGGGACAUAGGUUUAGAAAUCUCCAAGAAAUGCCAAGAUCAUGACUCAUAGGACUACUGCAAAGCAUGCUGCUCUGGGAAAGCAAUCAAGACAAAAGAUGACAGCUCUCAGCCUCCCUAGAACAGCUCCUUGUGCCUCUGAAGCACAAACACCUUCCUGCCCAACUUCCUUUCUAUUGGCCUCUGUACUUCCCCCCCAUGUAAAAAAUUAUCAGAUGUGGCUCUGGUUGGUGGUACAGGCACAUUGCAAAUUUAGGGAUUGGUGUUCUUCCUUGCUCCUGUCGUGGCCAAGAGAGACCCUCCCUGACCCCCAGCACUCCGCAGAUCCACAUGGCCCAUACUUAUACCAUGUCUGCCUCCUGGCCAGGGCUAAGAUCAUAGUGCUGCUCAUGAGCAAACCAAGCAGAGAGUAGGUUGUAUGUGACAUGGAGGAGAAGCUCUGGACUGCCACAGGCCUGCCCUCACAUGAGAACUAAAGUUACCAGCAAGCCCAGCUGUAGGCAGGUUCCUUUCCUGCUGCAGCUGGACUUGGAUGUCUGUGUUCCUCUGGAAUUCACAUCUUUUCAUGCCAGGGUGAUCAAUGAGCUCUGGACAGUCUGUGCAAUGGCUUUUAUUCCUCUGCUUUUAGAAAAAUAAAUCUACCUGGAAAAUAGCAGAGGAGCCACAGGGAUCUACACAUGCCCAUCUGGGAUUAACACAAAAUGAAAUGGAGUUAGUCACCGACCACAGCAUGAGCCUUUGCCUUAACAGGUACCUACAGAAACAAGCAUCUGCCCUUAGUCAUUCUAAGGCUAGCCUCCUUCAAACCGGCUAUGCAGGAGAAAGAGCAACACAAGAGGCUAAAGAUACAUAGUGAGCUUGCUGGGCUCUUAGCUACAGUACUUUAGGCUGGACAUAUUCUCACUGCUGGCAUGCUCCUGUCCCUUCCUGGAUGUCCCCUCUCAUCUUCACACUCCUCAUUUGUCCCCUUCUACCUCACCUGUGGUCUGUUUGAUGUCACUUCUCAAGGCCAAGUGGGCUAGGAGGUAAAAGAGCUUGAAGAAUAGCAGACACGAGCCUCUCAGCCUGGUAGGCUUUGUCCCUUGUGAGCGUGAUAUGACCAAACGCCUGGCCCUGUAAGACAUGGCUUUUCUUGGCACUAUUCUCCUAAGUUCCUGCAGCUGUUCUCUUUGUAGGCAGGGGUGAUCUCAGGCCUUGUCUUUGGUCUUGUCUUUGGUCUGCCUUUGUGUCCUGCACAUUUCUGCACAGCUGUUGAGGUCUGUCUCAGCCUUCCCUGUUGUCCUGGGCUGUCCCAGACAGCCACAUGAUCAUGCUUCCCCAGCAACUCUGUAGCUUCCGUGUCUGUUGUCUCAUGCUGGGAUCAUGACUUGGGCCUCAGAACUCUCUGGCAGGCAUCAAAUAUCUUAAGGACAGAAGAGGACAUAGGGCUCUCUGCAGCCUGCCAGUCAGGUCUUCUUUUCUUCCUAAAAGAAUUUUCUAGUUUCUGUUCAGUGUCAAAAACAACCAGCUCCUAGGGCUGCUAGUUGGAGAUGAGUCCACCCACUAUGGUGGCCAGAGUGUUAUGAUAGGCAGUGGGACCGUGCUAAGGAUUUGUGUUGUCCUCAUUUACUGGGCACCUACCAGGAGAAGCUCACUUGGAUAUCCCUGUAGUGCUUCUGCUGUGGUUUCACUGGGACCUUGAUAUUAAGCCUAAUGACCACCAAGGCAAAACUCCUGUCCUACCUGGCCAAGUGGUGACCCAGAGUUCUAACAUGGUUCAGCUGUAUCUCCCAGUGGGCAUUCAGCCAGUCUGGCUAGCAUACUUGCAUGCUGAGAGAGAGGUCCAAUUUGACAGUCAUUUUCAUUCCCAUCAAUUUUGCCUUUUUUGUAGAUGAAAACUACCAGGAAAACAUUUCCAAGUAAAAUUCCAAAAAAGAUCCAGUCUAUAAAUCCUUUGAGAUGAGCUGAAAGCUAAGGGCCAAGACCCAGGGGGAUCAAUCAAGAUGCAAGAAGAGGAGGGAGCAACAAGCCACCAUAAAAUGACUCCUGGGCCCAAAAGCCCUGGCAGUCUGUGUGCCUAAUCGGGGAAGUAAAAGAAAAAGCUAUUUCCUCCCAACUACCUGACUCCUGAGACCUACCCCCACCCACUCUGCACCCACCACCCUUCCUCUGCCAUCACCUCUCCAAAGAUCCCAUGUCCACGCCAUCAGUGGCACCUCAAAUUUUCAUUUUUGGAUGAAGUGACAUUUAGCUUUAACAAGACAUUUCCAAAGCGCCUGGUCUCCUCCAGAAUGCUAACUUUUAAAGUUCGGCAUAGGCAAAGAAUCCUGAAGAAAAGCUAGGGAGAAAAAGACGUUAGGCUAUGCAUAAAUGUACACUUCCCCUUCCCUGUUACUCAACUUUUUAAAUGCCUUUAAUGGAUCAUUUUCAUUUCCUCAUAAUGUUAAGGAGUUGGUAGUCUGUGUUACUGUAAUUUCUUUAGUGUUUGGGCUUUAAUUUUUACCACAAAAUAUGCUGUAUGCUAUGUAUCAAGCUUUCUGAGAUCAGAAAGGAAAGGUGCCUUAAAUCCCAAUGUCACAGUCCUAUCCCUAUGGAAAAUAAUCAGAAGCACAGUGUACGGAAGCAUUGGGACUUCCAUUAGCAAAACAAUACAGCAAGACGCACUGAGGUGGCAAGGGGCUGUUUUUCGUUUUAGAAUUCCUUCCUCCCCUCCCCAAUUUUUUAUUUUGUAGUUUGCUUUAAACAGAAAGCACUUAAAUAGAUGACUAUGUGUAAAAGCUCUGUGCAAUAGAAAUAAUGUUUGUUCAUUUUUGAAAGAUAGCGCAUUGCACACCAAAUGAACUCAAAGUAAGCUUUAGACCAGGAUGAUUCAGGUUGUGGCUGAGUUGUGUUCACUGUAGCUCCGUGUGUUCGUGAACUGAAGGGAAAACAGGGCUGGCGGCCCCUAUAGUGGCCCAGCUGCCCCUGCUGAGCUGAGCAUACAGAGCCCAUGGGCUCUGGCCAGAAUGUGCCAGCCUGGGUGCAGCAAGGUCAGGACGCCUGUAACUGAGCAGCUGCGAGCCUUCCUGAGUAUCUGAGACCACAACCAUUCCUUCCAGCACUUAACCUUGUCUUGUUGAGACGGAUUGACUGCUACUGACCCAACAGUGUGUGUGAGGAUGGUUAUAAAAGGUUGUUUCCUUUUAAAAAAAAAAAAAAAAAAAGAAAAGAAAAAAAAAUGUCUAUCCUCUUCUAUUUAUUGUUAGGUUAAUCAUUUAAGUACUUAUCAGGAGUGUGUUGUUUUGUAUUGCUGUCAUUGUGAAUGCUUUUUGCUUUCACUCCAGUGGUUACUGUCCUCUGCUCCGCCCCCCCCCAAAAAAGUUAACCUGCGGAUUUGCAUGGGGGAGGGGCAGUAGGAGGAGGGGCUCUCCAGCAGAGUCAAACACCUGUCUCCUGAGUAGCCACUCAAAAACUGGUGGUCUCAACUGUUUAAAUGAGAGUUGGUGAAUGAAAAGCUACCACGGGCAGGAAGUGCCAAGGAGCAGAUUGCUCACGAGGAGCUGCAGAGGAAACAGGAAAGCCAAGUUCAGUUCCCCAAAGCCUCCUAGAGCCUCUGUUAAGACUUCUGGGUUCAUGAAGGUUCAGUGAGCCCUGGUCAGAGAAGUACAGCGGUCGAACCGAGACCAUCACCUCUGAGCAGGAAUAUGGUUUCUUGCCAGGUCUGCACGGGUUGCUAUAUUUUAGUUGGUUUCUGUUGUCCUUGUCCUGGCACACAAAGUUGGUCAAAAGCAUCCUGUGAAGUGACAGGUGUUUUUUAGCGCUGUCAGUGGCUAGAGGGCUCAGCUGGGAAAUCACGAGCCUGAGCCCCUUUCCCUCCAAUGCGAGGGAAACACGGAAGAAGCCUGGAUACGGCAAAAGAACUUAACUGUGGUUAGAAGCACAGCCAUCAAAAACACCCAGUUGCUUGCUCCCCAGGCAUGGGGUGAGGAGUUUCCACCUCCCUGGGGGCCCUGCCCACCCCAAGGCAGGCUGGACUACUGCCUCUGCCCCAAAAGGGUCACCUACCCCAGACCCAUAUGGCAGAGCAUUUCCUCCCUGCUGUGACUUGUCCCCUUGUCAGAAAUCUUUGGGGUCCCAAUUAUGUUCCUAUCUCUUUGGGGGGAAAAAGCCUUCCAUUGAGGUGAUUCUUCCAUCUCCCCAAAGGGUUUUCAUUUUUUUCUUAUUAGUCUAUGCAUUUCUCUUUCCUUCCCUUCCUCCCUCACACCCCCAUUUUCUGCCUUUUAACAGGCAUCUCAUGUUCCCACCCCUUAAGACCUUUCAGAAAAUGCUGUGCAUUUUGGAGACGUGAGAAUUCAUUCAAAAUUCUUAAAGCAUUUGAGAAUAGUUUGUUAUUAAAAAAAGAAGUGAGGAAAAAGACAAGAUGGUUUCCCCCACAUCCCUUCCCAUGGAGUAAGAGACCUAGCUCUUUGCAUUUGUGCAAUAACUACUUGCGGUGAGAGCGGGUAGCGCCACGCUCCUGUCCAGACUACUAACACACAGCACAAGACUCUGUCACCAAGCGGUGACCUCUGCAGACGGCCCUUCAUAAGCUCAGCUCGCAGUGCUUUGUGGUGUCUUACAUUUUAGCAGUAUUUUAUAUUUUCUGUAACGCACUAAGUCUUAGAUGUUUUCUAGAACUUGUUUGUUAAUACAAUCACAGAUUUUUUCCCCUUAAUCCUCACAAAGACCCAAUUGACCAAAAAAGAAGAGAGAGGAAAUAAAAGGCGUCAUUUUUGUACAAAUAGCUUUGAGAAGCCUCUGUCGCUGUGACUCAUCUCUGAUAACAUUUUAGUUCUUGCUACUUGUUUUCCACAUUCAGAGUCAAAGUUGAUCUGGCUGGCGUGGGGGUGGGGAAGACACCCGUCGGCCCCUCAGCGUCGUCCCUUCUGUCUUUGGUUAGCCAUACGAUGUUUGUUCUCAGCACUGUACAACGGUCCCUAUAUGAUAUGGAGAAGCAAUAUCACUGAAACUCACACCAUGUAUUAUUAUUAUUCACUAGCACCCUAGGUGUGAUAAUUGAAGUAAAUAUCUUUUAUACAAACACAAUAA